GAUACACACAGCUCUGGAGGGGUGUGGGAUUAUCUGCACAGGACAUGGCAACCAGCUCUUCCUCCCAAAGGAUUGGAGUUGUAGGAUAUGGACAUCUAGGGCAGUACCUGGUGGAGAGGAUCCUUAAAGAUGGAGCUGCUCUCGGUCUAACUCUGGCUUUCAUUUGGAACCGAAAUUCUGAAAAGCUCAAAGGCGUCGUUCCUGACGAACUCAUACUUGAUGAUCUAUCAUCCUUUGCAGACAGGCGAUGCGAUGUGAUUGUAGAGGUGUGCCAUCCACACAUAGUGAAAGAAUUUGGGCUUCACUUCCUGUCUCAGUCUCAUUUCAUGGUGGGCUCUCCCUCUGCCCUCUCUGAUACUGAUCUGAACCAGAAGCUGCGUCAGGCGGCUCGGCAGUGUGGUAGGACUCUCUACGUCCCCAGUGGAGCAUUAUGGGGUGGCCAGGACAUCCAGAGGCUGAAUGAUAGUGGGGCCUUGAAGGCUUUGUUUAUAAGGAUGUCCAAGCAUCCAUCCUGCUUCCGGCUGACAGGAGACGUCCUCUCUGACUGGACGGAGGGCGAGGGCAAGCGUGUUUUAUUCAGAGGCUCAGUGGCAGAGUUGUGUCCACUUGCUCCAAACAACGUUAACACCAUGGCAGCAGCAGCAGUGGCAGCAGGAACCCUCGGCUUUACUGCCGUUCAGGGAGAGAUUGUGUCUGACACAGCGUUACGUGACUAUCAUGUGGUGGAGGUGGAGGUGACUGGGCCUGAUGGCUUCUCAGUACACACAGUGAGGAAGAACCCAGCCAGACUCGGAGCUGUAACCGGCAGUGCAACUUACAACUCCUUCUGGAAUAGUUUACUUGUUUGCAAAGGUCAUGGUGGACGAGUUUAUUUGUGCUGAAGCAGACGGGAACUCAGCAGGAUUAAGGCCAAACGCAGCAAGAUCCAGAAAAA